UCGUUCCACGGACUUCCGCCUCUCCUCCCCUUCCUCCCCUCCGCUUCUCAAGCUCUCUGUCUCUCUCCCUCUCUCUCCCGCCGGGGGGAACGUAGGCGCGGCUCAGUCGGCUCGGCUUGGCGGGCGCGCGGGCGAGCGGGCAGGCAGGCAAGCAGGAGGGCGUGAUCGAGGUCAGGGGGCCGAAGGGGCCGAAAGGGCCGAGACGGGUGAGAAGAGUCGGAGGGCCCCCGGGAAAGGCUAAACUAAACUAUGGGCUCGACAAUUGCGUCCCGAGCGAUGCAGAAGCUGCUGCUGGCAAGCCCUAAGUAUAAGAGCGCGCACGCUGCUGCCAGCGGACGUUGUGCCCGGUGUCAAAGCGGCGUCGCAUCUGCUGCGCAGGUGCAGUUUUAGUCGUCGAGCGCUCGCUCGAGAGAGCCCUGUCGUCGUCGUCGUCGUCGUCGUCGCAUCCAUCCCACCUCAAGCCUUUUUCACGACUCGACCGGAGGUUUCGUCAGCUCUUGCGCUGGCAGGGUUCGACGCCCGGAAGCGGGCACGCGAUCGUGCAGCCAGGAAGGCGCAGGCUCUGCAGGCUCAACCUGCUUCGUCCGGGUUCCAGGACCUCGAUCCGACAAGAGCCUACCCUUUCCAGCAGCAGCAGCAGCAGCAGCAGCAUCAUCAUCAACAACAUCAUCAUAUUCAGCAGCAGCAGCAGCGCGACGAGGGCGCCAAAAUGGGGUCCAAUUCCCAAGCCCAGGGGCAGUCGAGAGCGAUGCCGCAAAACCCGAGUGCGCAAAACGGAGGGCCGAUUGUGCCCUCCGGGGAAGGGACCUCGUCCGGGAGCGCACUGACUAGGUUUGGCUCGCUGCCUCGACAGGCGUCCAUCUACUCGUUGACUCUCGACGAACUGCAUUCGCUCGACCCCGGGAAGAAUUUCGGAUCGAUGAACAUGAACGAAUUUCUCAAGAAUAUCUGGACUGUAGAGGAGAGUCAGGCUAUGGCAUCCGCUAUGGCUGGGAUCGGGAGUGGCAGUAAUUUAGCUGGGGAGUCUCCUGCGGAGGGAUCCGGGGGAGCUUUAACAGGUGCAAAUGGAACUGGGUUAUCUCGGCAGACCAGCUUGACCAGGCAAAGCUCUCUCACGCUUCCUCGUACUCUCAGUAGAAAGACUGUCGAGGAGGUUUGGAGGGAUAUUCACAAACCGAUCGAAGGAUCGAACGGAGUUCAAACAAAUGGCACUGGUCCUACUCAGACUCGGGAAGCCACUUUCGGUGAAAUGACUCUCGAAGAUUUCCUCGUAAAAGCUGGUGUCGUUAGAGAAGACGGGCCGGAUGGCCCAACGUCGUCUUCGUUUGGAUCUUUUAACAACUUCAUCUCACCUUCGGCGACCAACGAUCGAGAUGGCACUGGACCUUCAGUUCCGACGCUUUCUCUGGGCACGUCCACUCUGACCCCGGGAUCCAUGGAUUCUAUGGCAAUGGACACGUACAAACCUGCCCCUGCUCAAGCCGAAUGGAUGAGGAGCAUGGCUGUGACAGCACAGCAGCAGCAGCAGCAGCAGCAACAGCAACAACAGCAGCAGCAGCAAUAUGCACAUGCAGCCCAUCAGCAGCAGAUGCAAGCUGCUCAUGCUGCCGAGCAGUACGGUAAUCACAGGCAGCGAGUGGCCAAUGGUAGCGGUAUGGUUGUAUCGUCCAUGCCAAAUGGUUAUGCCGGGAUGGCACCCGGAAUGCAGGGUCUCGUUCCCCAAGGGAUGAUGGGGGUUAUUGGUCUGCAGUUAGCCCCCACUUCUCCCAGUAGUCCAAUGUCCGAUGGCGUAGGGCACAGCCAUGGGAACGGGCUGAGCCUAUCUCCUGCAGGAAAUUAUGGAGUCGACGGAGCAAUGCGAGGGAGGCGAAAAGGAGGUGAUGGUCCACAAGAAAAAACCGUGGAAAGGCGCCAACGACGAAUGAUUAAAAACAGAGAGUCUGCGGCAAGGUCAAGGGCCCGGAAGCAGGCCUACACUGUGGAGCUAGAGGCGGAAGUAACUCAGCUGAAAGAAGAAAAUAACAGGUUGAAGAGGCAGCAAAUUGCGUGGAGGCUGGUAAGACUGGAGGAGAUGACCGAGGGCAGAAAGAAGCAGAUGAUGACGCAUCAUGCUGUACAAAAGGUCCCUGUAAGCGAAGGAAUUACCUUGAGGAGAACAAGAACGGGUCCUUGGUGACUACGUUCUUACGAAUUAGGAACUUAGGAGUAGGAAGAGAAGUAGGUAGACAAGCUUGUAACCCUUCUUUGGGAAAGACAUGUAACAUACGUUCUGUACAGGAGUAAACGUGCCAGCCAUCUGAUUGGGAUUGUUGA